UGAACUGAGGAUCAACACUUUGCUCUCUGAGAUUGUUGGUCAGUUCAGAGACAAAGCUCAGCAGGAAGCCAGAAGCAGCAGCUCAGAGCUACAAGAGUCCAAACCAGGAUAAGUUCUCUGUGACGUCUGCACUGGAACCAAACAGAAGGCCCUGAAGUCCUGGAAAGCUGUGGCUCAGCUGGAGGAGACUGUCAGUGAAGAGAUGAAGGAGUUGGUUCAAACUGCACUGAAGAGAGUCCAGCAGUAUGCUGUGGAUGUAACUCUUGAUCCUGAUACAGCACAUCCUAAUCUCAUCCUGUCUAAAGGUGGGAGACAAGUUUAUCAUGGUGAUGUGAGGAAGAAUCUACCAGACAACCCAGAGAGAUUCUCUUCUUGUGUUUGCGUUUUAGGAAAGCAGAGUUUCUCUUCAGGCAGAUUUUACUUCGAGGUUCAGGUUAAAGGAAAGACUCGUUGGGAUUUAGGAGUGGCCAUCAACAGGAAGGGAGAAAUCACAGUGAGUCCUGAGGAGGGUUUUUGGACUAUAUGGUUGAGAAAUGGAAAUGAAUAUGAAGUCCUUGAUGACCCUUCAGUCCGUCUCUCUCUGAAGUGUCGUCCUGAGAAGGUGGGGGUGUUUGUGGAUUAUGAGGAGGGUCUGGUCUCCUUUUAUGACGUGGACUCUGCAGCUCUGAUCUACUCCUUUACAGACUGCUCCUUCACUGAGAAACUCUUCCCAGUCUUGGGUCCUUGUCUGAAUGAAGGAGGUAAAAACUCUGCACCUCUGAUCAUCUCUCCCGUCAGUGUGAAAUAAUCAGACUUCAUGUAUUAAUUCUCAUCCGAGUACAAACCAUCCCAUUUACUGACAACACGGUAUAUUUGACAUCUUUGACAGAAUCAGAUCAUCGUGU